AACUCCAAAGAUGUUUUUGACUUCGACCGAGAGAGAAAAUUAAACCCUGGAAAGCUCUGAAGAUGACUAUGCCCUCUCCUGUGAGACCAGAAGGUAUCAUCCUGACUCCGCCGAUCCCCGUCCCAACGCUGAAUGUCCUGCCGCCGUCCUCGGACACAGAGUCCUGGUCUCGCUCACCUAGCCCCAGACUGUCCCGCUCCAGCCUCCACGGCCCACGGUCCCAUCACCACCACCGCAGCAGGACCCGAACCAAAAAACGAAACGCGGAGGAGCAAGGCUGCGCUCGCAAGCAGCAGCAACGGGACGAAGCGCCGCAGAUCGUAAUAGAGGAACCUGUGGAGAAGAAGGGCGCCAUUCAACUCCGGAGCCCUUCGCGCUCCCCCUCUGUGGCCGCCGGGUUGGAGAGGGAAGAGCAGGGUCGCCACAGCCCUUCUCAGGACCUCCUCGUGCCACCUUCUCGCUCCUGGUCUCGUAGCCCCUCUCCCAGCCGCCGCUCACGUUGGUCCCUCAGGAGCCUCCUCAGCAGAGACUCUGACUGGGACAGCUGCAGCACGGCCAGUAACUCUCCACGCAGCACCCCCGGCAGCUCUCCCUCCCUGCGGCGCAGGGUCCUUGGGGGUGGAAGGGCCAGUGAGAGUGAAGGAGGAGGAGAGAAGAGCGGUGGAGGAGGAGGCGGUGCAGAUAGCCCCCUGCCCUCCAUACCUUCUGCCUCCUCCCUCACAUCCGCCUACCCGAUUGCUUCUCGACACUUCAGCCGCAAUGCUAAGAAAAUGCAGAGCUGGUACAAUGUCCUCAGUCCCACAUACAAACAGAGGAACGAGGAUUUUCGCAAACUCUUUAAGAAACUUCCUGAUACAGAGCGACUUAUAGUGGACUACUCUUGUGCCCUGCAGAAGGACAUACUGCUUCAGGGACGCCUUUAUCUGUCAGAGAAUUGGCUUUGUUUCUACAGUAACAUCUUCCGCUGGGAAACCACUAUCACUAUCCUGCUGAAAGACGUGACUUCUAUGACCAAGGAGAAGACUGCCAAGCUCAUCCCAAACGCCAUCCAGAUCAGCACUGACAAUGAGAAGCACUUCUUCACAUCUUUCGGAGCAAGGGAUCGCAGCUUCAUGAUGAUUUUCCGUCUGUGGCAGAACGCACUGAUGGACAAGUCUCUGUCCCCCAAAGAGUUGUGGCACAUUGUGCACCAGUGUUACGGCACUGAGCUGGGCCUCACUAGUGAAGAUGACGACUACGUCUCCCCCACUGCCGAACAUAUGAACGGCUUACUGCCAGGAGACGAGUCAGUAUCGGUCACAGAUCUACUAGACCUGAGCUCAGUGUCGGUUGCCUCUACGGGUAGCUCUCCUCCGCCCCUGGUUCCCUGCAGUCCAGCCAGCCCUUCCUCAGCUACCAACCUCGGGGCCUCGUCACCCCUGUCCUCCGCGUCCUGUCUGCCCAUAGAGGUUCCUUCCUCAUCUGGACGCAGACUCAGCUCCGACCCCCUCGAACCCAGCCCGCCCAGCUCCCACAGCUCGCUGCCAUCCACCACUCCCACCAACACUUCUGUCUCUGCUUCAGCCUCUGCUUCUGCAUUUAAUCUGGAAGAGGGUGGCGACAGCCUGUCCGAGUCAGCCAAUCACAUGCUGCCCCCGCCAUCCACCAGCCUGGGAAACCUCUCCUCACUGGACAUCACAAAUGACGAGGAACUGCCCACAGACCCCAGCAACUCCUCCGACACGCAAGAAGAGAGUGAAGUGGAGUCAUUUUGCGCUGACCUGAACGGGCGGCUGCACAUCAACUCUGUGCUCCGCAUGAGUGUAGACAAGCUGCACGACCUGCUCUUCUCUGCCGACACACACUUUAUCCAGCACCUCUUCUCACAGCGACACUUCACUGACCUGUCGGUGGGCGAGUGGCAGCAGGACAGCAGCAGUGGGACUACCAGCCGUGUGCUCAGCUACACCAUCGCCCUCAACAACCCCCUCGGCCCCAAGACUGCCCCUGUGGUGGAGACGCAGACGUUGCAUAAGAACAGUGCCAAGGGCGAGUGCUACGUGGUUGACUCGGAGGUCAUCACCUCAGGCAUCCCCUACCAGGACUACUUCUACACUGUCCACAGAUACUGCCUCACCUCCAUCAACAAGCACAAGAGUCGACUCAGAGUGUCCUCAGACAUCUGCUACAGGAAGCAGCCGUGGAGCCUGGUGAAAGCCCUGAUUGAAAAGAACACCUGGAGCGGCAUUGAGGAGUACUACAGACACAUGGAGAGCGAAGUGUGCAAGCUGGAAACGCUGCUGCAGUCUGAGGUUUCCGUGGUAACCACAGGCGAAGCAGUGGGCGCCGACGCUUCCAAGACCCCGCCGGCCCUGCGCCGACGCAAACGCACCUGCUCUCGACGGCAAGGCGAGAGGGAGAGAGAGAGAGAGGGAGGAGGCAUGGGCACCGGAGACCGAGGGGACAGAGGCGUCGGAGAAGAGAGGGACAGGAGGGAAGCCAGUGCUCCGUUUAUGAAGCUGGGGGAGCGUUCUCGUGGUGGAGGACAGAACAGUAUAUCCACCAUCCUGCUUAUAGUCAGCUUCAUUCUCGUGGUGCUGGUCGCUCUCAACAUGCUGCUGUUCUACAAGCUGUACGCUCUGGAAAGAGCGGCCCAUACACUGGAGACAUGGCACUCUUAUUCUGUUGCUGACAGUCCGCUGCCCCAGACGGCAGGAGAGUGGGCUCAGGUCUUGCAGCUCCAGAGGCAAUUUCACCAGGCGCAGCUCAGCAAGUGGCAGCAGAUCCUGCAGUCCUCUGUCACGCUUCUCGACCAGAUGAAGCAGUCGUUAGAGAAGCUCCACAGGGGCAUCGUGGUCCCAGAGGUGCAGCAGGACCAGACCACUGACACUCUGACAGAGCCCCUUACUGAGGCCUGAGCCCCACCUCCUCUGGCCAACACUCCCCUCCUCCUGCUGCUGACUGUCUCCCACCUCUGAACACACCCCCUGGUGGACUGCUAGAGUAGAAACCAGGAGGGGUCGGGGUGGGGGCUGGUCAACGUGGAUCAGGACGCAGUUUGCUCUUUCCUUCAUUUCAAAAUCGAAAAAAACCAGGCAGGAGUGGGACAUGUGGAGGAACGGCACUGCCCCAAAACUCUCCUGACCUGACUGACUUGAAAUGGCGCCGUCCGUCCUCGGCAGUGACCAGUAAACGACGUCAUUCAGACUGGACGCUACCAGGACCACAGCAAUAACUCACCUACAGCUGCAAGUCAUCUGUAUGUAGAGUAUGGAAGCAGGCCACAGGUGGGCCCAUUCAAACCAUUUACACCUCAAAAAGAAAAACAAGAUCUUUAAAAAUGGCCAACCAUGUUUCAGAAUGACUUGAAUCCCCACCCACCACAGCCAACCAAGACCCCCGCCCCCUAUUUCUCGACUAUCACGGAAUUCAGCUCCUCUUAUAACAUUUUAAAGGUUAAGUGGGAUCAGUGAUUUUUGAGAUUUUUUUUUUUUGGAAAGUAGGAGCUCUUUCUCUUAGUCCUGGGAAAAGUUAGAUACCUUUUGCCUCUAGUUAAACGCCUGCUGAAACAAAAACAAAAGAA